AUGCAGAAUACGAUACACGAUGCUUGCAAGGAUAGAAUUAUCAUAUGGCAUAUUUGGAAGGCUAAAUGCAGUCUAGUCUUUGAGAAUGUGCAACUUAAUAUAUGGAGUAUUGCUAACAGAAUCGGUAAUAGCUAUAAUGAUUGGAAAUCUUCUUGUUUGUCUACAGUUAGAAAUAACAUUGUUAAUGGAAGACCCAUUGCUUCUUCGAAACCUCAUAUUGACAAUGAACUUAAAAUUAACUUCGAUGCAACAUUCAUUAUUGAAACCGGUAAUGCGGGAUUGGGUCUAAUAAUUAGAGAUUUUGCAGGUACGCAACAUGGACUUAGAUCCCGGAAUACCCCAUCAGUGAAUGCAGCAGGGGCUGAAGCUGCGCAUAUGGCACUCUGUUGGGCAAAAAAAGGGGCAUCAAGAGAAUUUUGUUGGAGGGAUAUUGUGAAUGUAAAGUAA